AUGACCGGGGUCAACCACACACAAGUGACAGAGUUCCUCCUCUUAGGAUUUAAGAACAUAUAUGUUUUAAACCUUGUUACAUUUAUUAUAUUUCUUCUAAUAUAUUUCUUGACGUUGGCAGGAAACCUUCUAAUUAUUAUAAUGGUAUCGAAAGUCCAAAGUUUGAAAGCUCCAAUGUACUUCUUCCUUAGUCAUUUGUCCUUAUCUGACAUCUUGCUUACUUCUGCUAUUACCCCUAACAUGCUCCAUGUUGUACUCCAUGGUGGAGCUACCAUCUCGGUGAAAGGUUGUAUCACCCAACUCAUCUUCUAUAGCGGCAACUCAGCCGCAGAAUGUCUUCUGCUCACAGUGAUGUCCUAUGACCGAUAUUUGGCCAUUUGUAACCCGUUGCAUUACAACUCUAUCAUGGAUCUCAGUCUUCGUCUCCAUCUAGUACUUUGGUCCUGGGUUAUAGCUUUUAUGGUAGCGUUACUAUUAUCUAUUUUCUUGUGGCAGUUACAGUUCUAUGGUGCUCAAACAAUGGACCAUUAUUUCUGUGACCUUGCUCCUCUUCUUGAGCUGACUUGUUCUGACCAUUCCACCGUACAAUUAGUGAGUUUUGUUUUAACAAUACCUCUGCUUAUCCUUCCAUUUUUCUUUAUCCUUUUCACAUAUAUUUCAAUUUUUCUCAGCGUCCUCAAGAUCAAUUCAGCAUCUGGGAAAAAGAAGGCCAUCUCCACUUGUAGCUCCCACUUGAUUGUGGUGAGCACAUAUUACGGGACAUUAAUGAAUAUUUACAUGGUACCCUCUAAAGGCCAUGCAUUUAAUGUCAAUAAACUUGUAUCCCUUCUUUACACGGCACUAACUCCUCUCAGCAACCCAAUUAUAUAUAGUCUGAGAAAUCAGGAGAUCAUGGGAGUUUUGAAGAAAUUUCUAUCUAUGUUAAGAUAG